AUGUCCGAAGUCAAGCCUACAAGUCCCUCGCCCCCGUCCCCGUCGGCGGACGUCGAGAAGGGCAUAGAACCGAGCAGCCCCUCCAAGCUUCCCGACGUCGAUGACAUGCGCAAACAUGUAAUCAACAACGACCCCGACGAGGCCUUAAAGCUCGUCGCCGCCCACGGCGGAGAGGCCAUCGUGCUAACGCCCGAGGUGGAACGCAAGCUGCUGCGGAAGAUCGACCUUCACAUAAUGCCCCUCCUGUGCAUCGUCUACGGACUCAACUACCUCGAUAAGACGACGCUGUCGUACGCGUCCGUGAUGGGGAUCAAGGUGAGUCCUGAGACCGAAGACACGCACGCAACCGAGCCCCCUUCUGACAGGUCCGGGCUGUCAGUAACGCAGUACAACUGGAUAGCAUCGAUAUUCUACUUUGGGUACUUAUUCUUCGAAUGGCCGACAAACCGCCUCCUCCAGCGCCUUCCCCUGGCCAAGUACUCUGCCUUCAACGUCGUGAUGUGGGGGUUGACACUUUGCUGCAUGGCCGCGGUGAAGAACUUCGCCGGCGCAAUUACGGUGCGCUUCUUCCUCGGCGCCUUCGAAGCCGCCGUGAGCCCGGGCUUCGCCCUGUUCACCUCGCAGUGGUACACGGUGCGCGAGCAGGGUGCGCGCGUCGGCUGGUGGUUCAGCUUCAACGGCUGGGGCCAGAUCGUCGGCGGCUGCGUCGCCUACGGCAUCGCCGUCGGCACCGCUCGCAACCCCUUGCUCAUCAAGGGCUGGCAGCUCGUCUUCCUCGUCACCGGGUUCGCGACCGCGCUCGUGGGCGCGCUGUUUUUUUGGUUUAUGCCCGACAGCCAGCUCAACGCGCGCUUCCUGACGCCGCGGGAGCGCGUCCUCGCUGUUGAGCGCAUCCGCGUCAACCAGCAGGGCGUGGGCAAUAAGCACUUUAAGUGGUACCAGGCGCGCGAGGCGCUGACGGAUCCUAUGAUCUGGGCUUUUGUGCUUUAUAGUGCCUUUUGUUCGAUUCCUAAUGGGGGCAUGUCCAAUUAUUUCUCGCAGUUGAUUGUUUCGUUCGGUUUCACGAACAACCAAUCGUUGCUUUUGGGAGCGCCAGGCGGAGCUGUUCAGAUCAUCACGCUGCUCGUGUGCGGACACUUGGGCGACCGAUUCCGAAACCGCAUUUUGUUCUCUGCUAGCGGUGUUCUCCUGGCCAUCCUCGGCUUAUUCCUCAUCCGCCUCCUGCCCCUCGAGAAUAGGGGCGGGCGACUGGCUGGGUACUACCUGUACCAAUCAUCAUCGACUGGCUUCGUGGCACUGCUGGGGCUCAUCUCUACUAACGUGGCCGGCUGGACGAAGAAGACUACUUCAGCUGCGAUGUACUUGAUCGCGUACUGUGUUGGCAAUAUUAUCGGACCGCAAGUGUUCAAGUUGGGAGACGCGCCGUCCUACCACAGCGCGAUCACCACCGUGCUUGUGUGCAUGUGCAUCGCGUUCGCCCACCUUAUCUUCAUCUACUUCUGGUGUAGGCGGCAAAACAGCAUCAAAGCGACUAUUCGCGGGGGUCUCGGACAUGGGAAGGUUGAGGGUCAGGAGUUCAUGGACCUGACUGAUCGUGAGAACCCCGAGUUCAUCUACAGUCUAUGA